AUGCAUUGUAACUCAAGGGGCCAAAGGUAUCUAUGUGGGCAUCACUGUUUAUUCCUCAUAUUUCGGCAGUCCCUCUAUGAAGUUUUUGUUAAAAUAUCUAUCAAAUUAGAUUAUACACCCCUUGAAGCAGAGAUUCGUUGCCAUACUCCAACCCCAGAGAAACUAUCGACAAAUGAAUAA